GUCCCAGUGGAUUACUGGUACUCAUGCAUCCUGCGAAUUGUUUCAGGCCCAGGGCAUGACAGGGGUGGCACGAUGGAACUACCAAAGGCUUCUGGACCUUAAGCAGCCAGAUGUAGUUCUUCCACCUGUGUUCGAUCCAUUACUGAUAACUGAAAUUCUAAAUUCUGCUUCAAAGAAAGUGACUGGAAAAGAGAAGUACCCUGUACUUCACCUCUCUGAUAGGGACACGGGAGAGAAGUUUGGCCUUGAAUACAGUGAGCCAGAGUGCCAUCCAGUUCAACUUGAUUGGAACAAACAUAAGGUGCAAAAGAAAACUGAUUCUUCUGUUCUUGUGCCUCUCUCCCCUGGCCCAACACCAUCCACAAACCCACCACCCACUGCUGUGCCUGUGUCCCAGUUCCACCAACUUAAACCUGCUGCAAUCUAUAAGGUACAGAUGUUGUCCCAAGGAAGCAUGGAACCUCCAGUUAAAAUGGGAACCUCAAAUACUCCACCCCUGCCUUCGCAGUCCUCACCAAGGAGUGCCCGCACUGGACCAAUCAAGACUGGUGGACGAGUGUUCGUCUUAGACCACAAGCGCUGGACAUCACCAAUGAAGGAGGCUAUCGACGGCCUCCUACACAAUUACCAUAGACAGAAAGACAUGUUGAAGCUUGUGGAUCGAGACUAUGCAGCUAUGGUCCAUCGGUCUGCCACAGAUCCAAACAGUCUACUUCACCCCACAACCAAAUACCAUAUAACACAGUACAUAAAACACCUGGCUAAACAGGUAAACACAAGUUCAUCACUGAACACCAGUCCAGAAAAACUUUGGAGACACAAAAACUGUGGCAAAGUUUAACUGAGGAAAGUAAGACUGCCCAUGUCCCAGUUGUAGAACUGCCACCAGCCAUUGUGAAUCCAGCAGAUCCAGUCUCACAGCCAGCAUCUGAACAGCCACUAACACAGGAGAAUGUACAGAAAAUAGUAAAGGAUAUAUUGCUACAUCAGCAGGAGCAGCAGCAGCAACAAAAACCCAGACAAACGAAAAAAUGUCUUGCGUGUGGACAGCCAAAAUCCCGCUACCAAAGUAAUGGAUCAUCAAUUCAUCACUUUUAUCAACAAGGGCCUGUUUGAUAUUAUUACUGCUCCACAAAGGUGUUUAAAGCCUAUUCUGCGGAGGGACUGACAAAUCCUAGAAUGGCCUUUGAAGAGUUUGCACAGACUGACUUCUUUCAGCGUGAACUGCAAUUAACAAAGCGCAGAGUGGAGGACAAAGCUGAAAAGAAGAGGAAACUCUCGGACCCUCAACCUCAGGGAAGAAUGUGCCGUUUCUGUCGCACAGAGUUAAAGCAGGGCCCAAACAGCAAACAUAUCCACACAGGGUUUCCAGGAGUGGCAGGAAAAUACAUUUACUGCCCUGCUAAAGUCCUCGACUUAUACAAAGACAGAGGCAUGACAAAGGAAAUAACAUGGAAGGAAUUUCAAGCCUCAUCAUUCUAUGGCAUGGAAAAGGAUAGGUGGGCAGCAGAGAGAAAGAAAUAGACAUUCUGAACGUGUAUACAUACACUUGAUACAUUUCAUACAUUAAUCAUCCAUUGUUUUCAUGUUGCAUCAUUCCGUUGCUCCAUUCCUUUCAAUUACAUAAACAUUUUAAUUAAUCAUUGUUUAUGUUCUUCACAUCCUGUCCUUAACAUAACAUCCAUCCUAGCACAUAAGAUCUAAAUGGAGCAUAUUCUGGUAAAUUGCAACUGUUUGUAAAUCGUUUACUGAUUAAUCGAAUUGAUUUUGUUGUUAUUUUCUUGUGAAGGAUCUGUAUAUCAGAACUGAUAGUUAUUACUUAUAUAAACUUGUUUUCACACUUGCUGGUUUUUAGUCCCUAUUGUUCAACUUCUGUCCAGUCCCGUCCCGUUGCUUUGCAGCAGCUAUAAUUUCUUUAGUUAUACUUGGGUUGUUUUGUUUUACUUGUUUUAGCACUCUCUAAAUUCCACUGAAGGCAUAUGUUUGAGUUAAUUUAAUAAAACAUUGA